AUGGGGGAGAGCCAGCAACAACAUGAGCCCCUGCUUCGUUCGAUCAACAACGUGUACGUGUCCCUCGUUAGGUUCAUCAACAAGACGAUGCGCAACGUCGUUCUCUACUGGAUUGAUUAUCAAGGUCGGGCUGUCAGCUACGGUGUAUUGUCGCCUGACGAUUGUCUCGACAUCGACACGUUCGUUACGCAUCCGUGGAUCUUCGUCGACCAAGAAACCAAAGAAAGGUACACAGUGAACCAGAAGGACGUGUUCUUCCCGAGGCCGAGUCCGUUGUUGUUAGUAAGGCAGGAACGUCGCUAUCCCAUCAGGGUGGCUUUGCAUCCCCGUCGAAGACGCGUAAGGAUCGACGUCUUCAUCACGCUACCAGUUUAUAGCCUGCGCGAGCUGUGUCUGAGGUCCAUCAGGCGUCUUUUGACGCACGAUGAACAGGCGUUUCAGCUCGACAUUCCGAGGAGCCUUCAGUGCGAGCUCGCGGUCAUGCUGCUGAAAAACGAGGCACUAAAUAACCCUCCAAACUUGUAG